AUGAACUCGGAGUCGAGUGGGCGAUCCACUAGCUCAGCAUCUGCACACUCUACGGAACGACAUCCGACGCCGCAGCUUGUCGGCGAGGAGCAGCGUGCUUCGUCGCAGGCGCUGCCUAGCUCUCACUCUGUCGUUCGCCCAUCGCGCCUACCUCAUCCGGCACUGGUCUCGAUAGUCACUUCGCAAGCGACAGCAUACUACUCUGCUCGGUCUCAUUUACCACAUGCACCCACCAUAGUAUCGGAUCAUCGCGACGUCACCGAAAAUGGUGCAAAGAAGAGGCGGCUCAAGAGCAGACGGGGCGGGCCUGAAGGUCGCUGGAUAGGCGAUGCAGAGAGCUGGGGCAUGCAUUAUGACCCCGCACACAGCGACCAGGACACCACAGAGGGAGACGACGACUCAGAGGAGGAGGAAUUGUCCGAAAGCGUUGCCAAUUCCGAAUUUGACCCGGAGACAUCCGGUGAAGAGGUGGACCGCAGCCCGCGACGUACCAGCCGACGCGCGCCCCGCCGUGGAGGCUCCAAGGCUUUCGACCACGGUGUUGAGGUAUCGGAUGGUGCAGACGGAGAUGCUGGCUCAGGUCUUGACUCCUCUGCCGACGAUGCUGUGGAUGGCUCGCGAUCACAGCCGCGCCCCAACAAGCGUCGGAAGGGGAAAAGCCCUUUACGGUCGCGAGAGAGCAGUGCCUCUGCUUCGGAUGCUUCGGACGAUGUCGACGCUCCAAAGCGCAAAAGUGCGAAGAGCAAGCGAAAAGACGAGCCACGUACACGAUCGGAUCCGACCCAGGCAAGCGUCGAGCGACUUGCUAGAAUGAAUGCUAAACGCGGCUUCGGAAAGCGCUCCGCAUUUGAUCGCUUCGAAAUCAGUGCCGCUCUUGUGGCAGCUACGUAUCUGUCCGUCCUCUCCGAGAAGAGGUCAAAGCGAGCCUUCGCUCUUUCAUCCUCCUCACCAUACGUCCCUGCAGCCAAAGCCAAAGGGGUUCUUAGAAAUCAUCUGGGCCUGAAUAGGCUUGCCAUGAGUUCAGGCACUGCGUCUUCCCUUUCCCACGACCAGGAUGCAGAGCUGAGUGGCGAUCCUGCGAGAACUCAGCCAGCAUCUAGUACAUCGGGGACCGCAACCGCAGCACCUGCUGUUGUGACAGUGCCCGUUGGUGCAGCAGGUCGUCCCUCUCAAGAAGAGCCGCUGCAAAGGCCCAAGUUCGAGGACUUCGUGACGCACAAAGCUUCGGACGCGGCGCCCUUCGAUUGGCCAAGGCAUAGUGAAAGAGCUUUCGCCGAUUUCCAGCGUCAGCUCAAGUCGUACGAUAUUGAAAGGUUGAACAGGCAAUCGCGUAAUCGUCACAAGCGCGAACGACGAGAGCAAGACCAAAGUCGCAAAGCUCAAGAGCAAGCGCAGCAGAACGGCCAGGAUGAGAACGGGGAGCACGCUUAG